AUGACCUCACUUCAUUCACUUCAUUCACUUUUAACCUUCUUUAUUGUUUGCCUUUCACAGAUCUUGGUACAUGUUCAUGCUAGGACGGUAGAAUUCGAUUGGACUUUGGAUUGGAUCCAAGCUGCUCCUGAUGGAUUUGAACGUCCUGUGAUUGCUAUCAAUGGUCGAUGGCCGCCACCUGCUUUGCACGUGACGCACGGAGACAGAGUGGUUGUUCACGUGACCAACAAUUUGGAUCAAGACACUUCAUUGCAUUUCCAUGGGCUUUUCCAACGUGGGUCUAUUCAAAUGGAUGGUCCUGCAUUCAUCACGCAAUGUCCUAUCCCUCCAGGUGGUUCUUAUACUUAUGAUUUUGUGGUUGAUGAUCAGAUGGGGACAUUCUGGUAUCAUGCUCAUCUGGGGUCUCAAUAUGGAGAUGGGUUCAGAGGUGUGUUUGUCAUUCAUUCACCAGAAGAUGAUAUGGAACGUGAUAUGACUUUUAUUGUUAGUGAUUGGUACCAUGAUCCUUCGUCCAAGAUCAUGCCAGGAUUUAUGACUCGGUAUAAUCCAAUGGGGAAUGAACCGAUUCCUGAUGCUAUCUUGUUUAAUGAUUAUGCCAUUAAUAACUCAAUUGUGUUGCCUGAGAAAAGCAGCAUAUAUACUUGGAGGUUUGUUAAUGCUGGGUUGUUUGUGGGUCAAUAUUUGUAUUCGCCCUCAAUUCCCUUCAAUAUUAUUGAAGUUGAUGGGGUUUUGACCAAGCCCAAACAAUCUCAUCUAAUAUAUAUAUCUGCAGGGCAGAGAAUUGCACUACAGGUGAAUCUCACUGAAAAUGUAGAUCAUGACAACUUAUUCUUGUACCAAUACUUGGAUGAUACCAUGUUGGAUACUAUUCCUUCAGAAUUGCAAUUAAACAAGACUAUUCCUAUCACAUUUGCAAACAACAAGCCGCCAGCUGAUCUUCCUCCUGCACCAGCUCUCGAUUUAUCAAAACUUGUUGAUGAAUUCGAAUUAACCACAAGGGAACACACCCCACGUCUACCUCAUUACGAUACUCAAAUCACAUUCAAUGUCACGAUGAAUAAUUUAAUAGAUGGUGUCAAUUACGCCUUUUUCAAUAACAUCACGUACACACGUCCAAAUAUCCCUGUAUUAUCCACGGUGCUAACUGCCCCAAAAGAUCUUCUCUUUAACCCUGCCAUUUAUGGCACAAACAUCAAUGUUAAUAUCUUGAAACCAAAUUCUAUUGUAGAAAUCGUUCUCAAUAAUCAAGACCCUGGAAGGCACCCCUUCCACAUCCAUGGUCAUAAUUUCCAAAUCAUUCAAAAAUCUCCUAUUAGAGAUGAUGAGACUGAUGAGUUGCCCUACGACGAGGCACACCCAUUGCUUCCUAUUCCUGCAUUCCCAAUCGUUAGAGAUACCGCUAUUGUGGAACCCAACGGCCAUCUAGUGAUUCGUUUCAAAGCAGAUAACCCGGGUGUAUGGAUCUUUCAUUGUCAUGUCAAUUGGCAUUUAGAUCAAGGUCUAGCUGCAGUAUUUGUAGAAGACCCCGUUGCAUUACAAGAAUCCACUACAAUGACAGAUCAAUACAAAUCUAUCUGUCUGGCUCAAGAUAUCCCUAUCAAAGGUAAUGCUGCUGGUAAUUCCCACGAUUGGUUAGACUUGAAAGGUUUAAAUGUACAGCCAACACCUUUACCUAAUGGGUUCAUUUGGAAAGGUUAUUUGGCCAUGUUCUUAUGUACAGCCAUCGCUAUUUAUGGAUUCUGGUCCAUCAUUCAAUACGGCCUGCUUAACGUAGUGGAAGAUGAUGAAAUUGUAGUCAAGAAUUUGACUGAAUUAUUACAAAGUCAUGAUAUACCUACCACGUAA